UAUUAAUUGCAUUUUUAUCGGCGUCGCCUAGCCAGGAGGUUUUUCCUGCUUUCACUCACAAAUUGAUAAACGUUUCGCUUGCGAUCGUUUUUUGUUUGAGAGGUUAUCAGUUUGUUUGCAGUGUCAGUAAUUCAAAGAUGAAGGACGUUAUUGACGUUAUGGAAUUGCAACGCGAGAAACAACGCUCUCGACAGAUGACCAUCGACUAUCGCAAGCUGGAGUUCAAUAACGGCUACACCCCCGCACGCUUCAUCUUCGAAUGCGGCAUGAAACUGAACGCACAACCGCUGACAAUCGCAACAGCCGCAAUUCUCAAUCAUCGCUUCUUCACCGAAGUCGAUCCGAACAACUAUGAUCUGUUCCUGAUUGCAGCAUCAACCUUGUACCUUGCUGGCAAGAUAAAAGAUGACACAUUAAAGAUUAGAGAUAUUAUCAAUGUGUCACAUCAUACUCUACAUCGACAUAGUGGACCACUCGAAAUCGGCGAAGAGUAUUGGAACAUGCGCGAUGCAAUCGUGCAAGCCGAAUUGCUCAUAAUGCGAAUUCUAAAAUUCGAAGUCACCAUCACACAUCCACAUAAAUUUAUGUUACACUACUUAAAAUCUUUGGAAGGACUACUAGGGAAAGACGUAUGGAAUAAAUUCCCAAUCGCUCGCACAUGCGCGGCUUUCCUGCAAGACUUCCACCUGGAUCCUGCCAUUUUAGAAUAUGAACCCAAACACAUUGCAGUCGCAUGCAUUAGUCUCUCACUGCAGUGUUACGGCGUGCAGAUACCACUCAUCGAUGACACAGAUGACGAAAUGUGGUACAGUGUGUUUGUCAAGGAUAUGAACAAAGACAAACACUGGGAGAUUAUGGAGAAGAUCAUGGAGACCUACAAUAAGGAAUCCAUCUUGUAAUUUCACGAAACGACUGAGACUCUGACUUGAUUUUCUGAUGUGUGUUAUGAAAUGGUCCAAAUUCAUCUCUCAAUGCAUAUUUUCUCACAGAUGCUGUAUAUGUAGAAUUAUUACCAUUAGUGUAUAAGAAUUGUAUGAGUUGCAGUUUAGUUUUUGAUUUUUUUUUGUUUCAUUUUUCUCAUUAAAUUGAUAUCUCACAGAUGGAGAUAUGGGCAGAAUAAUUCAAAUGUGAUAAAAUUUCAGUAUGUUUACUUAAAUUUAUAUUUGACUUUUUUUUAUUAUGACCGUAAUAAAAUUGUAAUAAAAACUA